CACAGUACUCCGCAGGGAGCAGAGAAAUCUGCUCAAAACCCUAAUCUCCCUCUUCGAUACGAACAAAUCUCCCUCCAAAUUCUUUCUUUUUCGCUCCGAUUUCCUCAUUUAUACAUUUCAAAGGAAGAGCUACCGAUUUUGAUUCUUGUAUAAAAUUUUUGAGCAAAGUUUAUUAAGCAUGCCUCCCAAGCAGGCAUCGAAGACGGACAUGGCGAAGAAGCAGAAGGUCGUGGAGGACAAGACCUUCGGGCUCAAGAACAAGAACAAGAGCAAGAAUGUCCAGAAGUACGUCCAAAACCUCAAGCAAUCUGUACAGCCCAAAGCCGACCCCAAACUCGCCGCUAAGAAAAAGAAGGAGGAUGAGAAAGCGAAAGAGAAAGAGCUGAAUGAUUUGUUCAAGAUUGCGGUUAGUCAGCCGAAAGUUCCACCCGGUGUUGAUCCAAAGUCUAUAUUAUGCGAAUUUUACAAGGUGGGGCAGUGUACCAAGGGUUUCAAAUGCAAGUUCUCACAUGAUUUGAAUGUCCAGAGGAAGGGUGAGAAGAUUGAUAUUUACAGUGAUAAGCGCGAUGAAGAUACGAUGGAGGAUUGGGAUCAAGAGACCCUAGAGAAGGUGGUAGAGUCAAAGAAGAAUGAGUACAACCAGAAUAAACCAACUGAGAUUGUUUGCAAAUACUUUUUGGACGCAGUGGAAAAGAAACAGUAUGGUUGGUUCUGGUCUUGCCCAAAUGGUGACAAAGAAUGUCACUACAGACAUGCUCUACCUCCAGGAUAUGUUUUAAAAUCUCAAAUGAAGGCACUUCUAGAGGAAGAGGCCGAUAAGAUUCCCAUUGAGGAAGAGAUUGAAAAUCAGCGUGCUAAAGUAACAACCACUACUCCAAUGACUACUGAGCUUUUCAUGCAAUGGAAGAAGAAAAAGAUUGACGAAAGAGAGGCUGGCUUGGAUGCACUGCGAGCAGAGAGGGCUAAGAAUGACCGCAUGAGCGGUCGGGAGUUAUUUCUUUCAGAUGCUAGCUUGUUUGUGGAUGAUGCUGAGGCAUAUGAAAAAUACCAAAGGGAAGAAGAACUCGAGGCUGCUGAACAGAAGGUCAAAGAUGACUCAGCUGCCGGGGAACCAAGCUCCUCAACUAACACCGUUGCUGAUCCUGAGGACUCUCUUGUUGUUGAUGAUGAUGAUGAUGAUGAUGAGCUGGACAUGGACGAGUUGAAUGAACUCGAAGCAAGUUUGUCAAGAACAUCCAUUCAAAUUCGUGAGCCAGGUAUAGAGGCAUAAUCUUGAGACAGACAGAGAGAGAGAGAGAGAGAGAGAGGGGCAGAGAUAAAUGUUGGCAACCGGCCAUAAGUUUAAAUGAGGGAUUUCGUAUCGGCUAUCUGAUCUGACUGUUGUCUGGGAAAAUAAUCUAUUUUACAAACAGGGAUAAUGCGUGUUAUGUGCAUCUUUUAUUGCUUGGAAUGUGGUAGAUUAUUUGGUAUGGCUGGAAUCCAAAUUUUGGUUCAUUUUUCCCACUUGACCAA